AUGUACAUGAUUAUUUUCAAGCAUGGCGUUUUGACAUUCCACUUCAGCGCCACUCCACAUCCAAUCAAUGUGAGACGUCGUGCAAGAAUGCUCAAGGAUCACUUAACUGUUUCUACUGACUGGAUCUGCUACGCUUUGAUUGAUGAUAUCACUGACUCGUUCGCACCAAUGAUAGACAGCAUUGAAGCCGAGGUGUAUUUGAUCGAGGAUGAAAUCAUGAAGAUGCAUUCCGUUGCAUGGAAACGGAAGGGAGACAUGUUAAGAAGAAUUGGAGAAUGCAGAAAGCGUGUGAUGUCGGUCAUGCGGCUCUUGGGAUCCAAGGCUGAUGUGAUCAAAGGGUUCAGUAAGCGUUUCAAUGAGAAUGAAACUAUCUCACACGAUUCUCCAUCUCACAACACCAGGUUGGCGCUGAGACAGGAAAUCUUGAUGUACUUGGGAGAUAUUCAGGACCAUAUUGUGACCAUGGUGCAGUCGCUCAACCAUUAUGAGAAGUUAUUGGCACGAAGCCACUCCAACUAUUUGGCUCAGAUUAACAUCGACAUGACCAAGGUUAACAACGAUAUGAAUGACGUUUUGGGUAAAAUCACCAUCUUGGGUACCAUCGUCUUACCAAUCAAUGUUGUCACAGGUUUGUGGGGUAUGAACUGUAUUGUUCCUGGCCAAGACCACGAAGGGUUGGUGUGGUUUUAUGGAAUCUUGUUGGGAAUCUUCAUGUUCAGCUUCAUCUCGUAUAUCUACGCAAAGAAGGUGACAGGACUCUAA